AAGAAGGCAUUUUUUUCCAGCUCGCGGCACCUCUAAACUAGUCAUCAUCAUUCAUCAUCAUAAUCGUCAUCUGUACUUAGCGAUUCGCCGAUCACCAGUCAGGUCGAAGACGUAAGACUUAAGAUCUGCCGCCGAUUGUGGAUUUGUGAGCCAUUCGCUGUUGCUGGUACUUGAAAUGCAUGUGUAUCUACUUAGAAGUUAGAACUAGAAAGUGAAUGGGUAUAUUUAGGAGAUUAGCUGGGUUUCUAGGGUUUUCAAAGGACGAAGGGCAAGAAGUGAGAGAAGAAGAGGACAACGUAGGUGAAGGAGCUCAAAAUAGUAAUAAUGUACCUCUUCGCAAAGGAUUCAGUGUCCCUGUUCAAGUUGGUGUUCCCAGAGAUCUACCGGGUCCAAUCCUUAUUGCCUGUACUACUGGCCAUGGCGGCGUUCAGGGAUUGAGAUGGUAUGCCAAGCGUCUUAGGAUAGAUGAAGAUGGAGAUGUGGCAGACGAGUUCCUAAAUGAGAUCCAGCUGGAUAUACCUUCUAGUACAGAAGAGAACCACAGAAAAUUCCCUAGGUUUGAGUUGAAGUACAGUACAAAGCCUGCGAAGGUAACAAGCCAGGCACUCUCAGCUUCUGGAACAAUUAAACAUCGUGUGGAAUAUCUAGGCAGAUUGGAGUGGAUGUGAAGACUUACUCUGGGUAGUUAUUGAAAUCGAGAUGGGGUUUCACUAAAAUGACUGCAGCUACGUAGCUUGAUAUUUUUGUUUUUCUCAAGGACUAACAGUCUGUUUACAUGAGGUGGUAUUGAUUGGGGAUUCAUUUUCCUGUUGGCUCUGAUUUGUGGGAAGCUGGUUCCAGGAAGUGAUGAAACGUGGAAUAGCACAACUGUACUCUUAAAAUUUGCAGUAUACACAUACUAUUGAACUGUCAAGAAUAUCAUGUCUUUUUAGCUUCUGUAUCAUUGUAUGUGUUGAGAAAUAUUAGUGAGCAUAAAUUACCACAUCCAACAAGCACUUUUGCAGAGUUCCAUUUUCCUUUUCUAACCAUUA